UUAAAACAUAAUUCCAUUGAAUAACAGCUCGCUCUCUCACAUUUUGUACGGUAGUUUUAGUAGUAGUAGUCCGAGUCUCGAUUUGUUUACUUGCAUUUUGCGUCAAUUUCGGAAGAAAAUAUUUUAUAUUUUCCGAAAAAGUCAUCGAAUCAACAAGUUUUCUGUGAAACUUUUCAACUUUUCAUACAGCUAUCUAGUCCAAAGUUUUAACCGUUAACAACCUCUUUUUAAGCAAAAAUGGCAAAUCAAACUGCUCCUGGAUUAACAAAUGUCACGACGACACAAACCGCUACCCGAACAGUUGUUUCGCCGCAAAUUCGGUUCGACAAGUUGUACAUCAAAACGAUCCCCGGUAUCCUGAAAGCCACUGUCAUCGUGCUAAACUUGCUCGGAUUCAUCUGCAUCGAGUGCUCAAAGUACAGUCACCAUUCGCGCGGUGAAUUUUUCAAUUUUGUCGCCAUGUGCGGGUUCUGGUUCAGCGGUUUGAUGCUCAUUUUUUACAUUUUUCACGUCGUUGAGAAAUUUUUCCGGAUUCCAUGGCUCAAAAUCGAACUCGGGUUUUAUGCGGUGUGGACUUUGAUGUAUUUGAUCGCGUCGUGUCUCGCUGUGACCUUUUAUCCAACUGCCUAUGUGGUUGCCGGCUUCUUCGGAUUUCUGGCAAUGGUGAUUUAUGGCUAUGAGACCUUCUUGAAGUGGCAAUUGGUGCAAUCGGGAGCCAUUGCGCAGGGAAGUCGAACUGUUGAACAAGUGACGACAGUGCAAAGUGUCCCAACGGUAGCAACUAUAACAACGUAUUAACCUGUAAAAAAGUGAUUUUUGUCGAUUUCUUAAUGUUCGUGCCUUUUAUUAAACAUUUUUUUAUUCAAUAUUUUGAAAAAUUGCAUUUAACAAUAACGGAGAAGAGUUUAAUUGAACACCGAUUUUACAAGUAUUAGCGUAGAAUUGCAUUAAAUCACAGAGAAUCACAAUGACACCGGAACAUGAACAAUUCAUACGCUUCAUGGCCAAUAUUUUGCAUAUUAUUCGUGCACAAUAGCAUUGUAAGUCAUCAAAACACAAAAAAUAAAAAUGCAACUUAACAAAAAAA